UUCUAGUAUAUCAACUGUCACUUUUAUCAAAAAUAAUUUUUCAGACGUCAAAUCACAACUCGUGUUUUGGAGUAGAAAAUUUAUAUUUCGUUAAUUUCUUGUAUUUAAGAAGAAAUAAUUUGCAUUUCUUGAAUAAUGGGUCUUUCGCCAGGAGCUAAGGAACGUUUAGAAUCUGUUUUCGAUGUCACCAAAACAGUAUUCCAUUGGGGAUUCAUUCCAAUGGUUCUCUAUUUAGGUUUCCGAAAAGGAGCUGAACCUGGCAUGCCCCCGCUUUCAAUUUUAAGUCUUCUCUGGCAGUAAACUUAAAAUUAUCUUUAGUGUUAAACAAAAAUAAAUCCUACAAAAAUGUUA